AUGCGCUCUGUUCGCAGCUCAGUCGUCGAGGGGCAGGCGCUGGCCGACUGUGGCCCGGCCCACUCCCGCCUGCUGCCCCCGCUUGCAGGUGUUUCCUUCCCGCCGAAGCUGCUGACUCAUCCUCGGGCUGGCGUUGGCGCGGCUGUGGGGCUGGGAGCCGGGGCUUUGGGCCACCCCUGGGUGCACGGUCGGGCCUCCAGGGAGGUGUCCUUGAGCCUCUCUGGCUGCCCAUCCCAUGGGUGCCUGAAGGAUGACCGCAUCGCCUUCUGGACCUGGAUGUUCUCCACCUACUUCAUGGAGAAAUGGGCGCCGCGGCAGGACGACAUGCUCUUCUACGUGCGCCGGAAGCUCGCGUUCGCGGGCAGCGAGAGCGGGGCCGAUGGCAGGAAGCCCCUGCUCCCGCAGCUGGACUACAUGGUGACCUGUGCCGUGUGCACGCGCUCCGACAGCGGGGACAUCCACAUCCACAAGAAGAAGUCCCAGCAAGUGUUUGCGUCCCCCAGUAAACACCCCAUGGACAGCAAAGGGGAGGAGUCUAAGAUCAGCUACCCCAACAUCUUCUUCAUGAUCGACAGCUUCGAGGAGGUGUUCAGCGACAUGACUGUGGGGGAAGGAGAGAUGGUCUGUGUGGAGCUGGUGGCCAGUGACAAAACCAACAUGUUCCAAGGGGUCAUCUUCCAGGGCUCCAUCCGCUACGAGGCGCUCAAGAAGGUGUAUGACAACCGCGUGAGCGUGGCCGCCCGCAUGGCGCAGAAGAUGUCAUUUGGCUUCUACAAGUACAACAACAUGGAGUUUGUGCGCAUGAAGGGGCCACAGGGCAAGGGCCACGCGGAGAUGGCAGUCAGCCGUGUGUCCACUGGGGACACGUCCCCCUGCGGGACUGAGGAGGACUCCAGCCCGGCUUCGCCCAUGCAUGAGGGGGUGACCUCCUUCAGCACGCCCCCCACCCCGGAGCGGAACAGCCGGCCUACCUUCUUCUCCCCAUCCCUCAAGAGGAAGGUGCCCCGGAGCUGGGUGGCGGAGAUGAAGAAAUCCCACUCGGCCAACGACAGCGAGGAGUUCUUCCGCGAGGAUGCCGGUGGAGCUGAUCUGCACAACGCCACUAACCUGCGGUCCCGGUCCCUGUCCGGCACGGGGCGGUCCCUGGUGGGGUCCUGGCUGAAGCUGAGCCGCGCGGAAGGGAACUUCCUUCUCUAUGCACACCUGACCUACGUCACGCUGCCCCUGCCUCGGAUCCUGACAGACAUCCUGGAGGUCCGGCAGAAGCCCAUCCUGAUGACCUAGCCGCGCGCGGAGCCCGCGUGGAGCCCCCAGCCGGCCCGCCCCGGGAGUACUGCCAAGUGCCUACCUGUCCACCGCCCCCGGGGUCUUCUGUGACAACCCAGCGCCGGAGCCAGAGCCAGGCGGGGCCACUCCACCCUGGGGCCAGGGCCGACUCCAUGAACACCAGCCCAAACUGAAGUGCCUCUGUCUCCUCCCUGCUGGCUCUGCCCCUGCCCUGCGCCCACCCGCCAUCACCCCCAGCCUGUCCCUGGAGAGCCCUCUACACCCAAAGACGACCACAGACGCCCAAGGCCAUGAGAGAGCCAAGGAGCAGCCACCGUCCAGUGUGCCGAUGCGCUUGUCCCACCAGACAGCAGGCGGGGCCCCCCAGCCGGGGCAUGGGGGGCCCCCUGUCAGCACCUCCGAAGGACAUGGUUUAGAUUCUGUAGUGCUGUGCCAAUGAACUUGAGCAUCCGAGCUGGUCUCGGCCUGUCUGUCCGCCCUAGCAUGGCCCUAAAGGGGUGACCUGGGGAGAUGGGAACACAGCUGUUUGAUGGGGUGGCCCUGGGCUGGUCCCCACCCCACACCCGGUCCCAGGAAGGCCUGGAGCUGAGCAGACAGGCCCGAUCCCACCAGAAUGGCCUUUGCUUCCAGCCAAAGAGCACCCCCAACACACCUCCAACCGGAGACACCCAGCUCCGUGCCUCGGGGAGCUGAGCCCCAGAACGUGGACUCUGAGGGCCGGUGGGAGGGCUUGGGAGCCAGACAGGGAAGGAGAGGGGUCUUUGCCAAAGGUGCAUGGUGUGGGGCGGGGUUGCAUGCUCCCAGGAAGGUUCUGAUAGAACCUCCACUCUCUGGGGGCCAGGAGGGGGUAGGGAGUUUCAUCUCUGGUUUUCUAGAGCUCACUCCCUUCGCCUGAGCAUGCUGGUCCCAUUUCUCAGACCAGCUCACUGAGGCACAGGGAAUUGGCUUCCAUGCGGCCAUCGGGUUGGGUGUGGGCGGCCCUCCAGCACCGCUUGCCCGCAGCUCGUCCAGCCAGCAUUUCCAUCUGGGAGGACCCACGUGCUCCUCUCCAAGCCUGAGCCCCUUCGGGAGCAGAGGCCUUGCCCAGCCCACUGGGAGCGAACUGUCAGCCGGCCUCUGUAGCUUCAUUGCUGUGUUUGAUGUCCCCAGGAAUAUCGGAGGGGCUCCUGCUGUGCGUUUAGAGGUCCU